UGGUCUGGUGCGUCUUAUAGGGCGAAAAAUACGGUAAUUGGGCAGAGGGGCAGAGCGAAAGGUCAGGAGGGCUCUAUUGUGUGCCGCUCAACCACCACCUUGAAACUCUGAAACAGACUUCAGGAAGGAGCUGGGGUUGUUGGCUUGUGACAGAAGGAUAAAAACAGGAAACCCCAGUGCAUCUGUGGGGGUGGCGAGGAGAAGAGAAGGGAAGGAAACGCUGACUUUUAAAAAUAUAUUCCGAAGCAUCGUGAGAAGGCAGGGCUGCAACGGUGCCUGGCAGAUCCCCCUCGCACGCUGGUUUUAAAAAGAAGAGGAGACAGAAAAAAUCAGCUUUGCGCUGCAAGCCGCAUUUGGAUAUUUGGCGGUGCACUGGUUCACAGGAGCGGAAGGAGAGGCCUGUUCCGUCGCGGUGUCAGCGCACGAAGACUGCCACAACCCCACGUUCUGCGCUGGGCAUCCCUGAACAUCUCACCCGAUUGAGGAGGCAGCCACGAUGGAGGCGUUCAGCUCCCGCAACUUGGCCAUGCAGGCCGAGAAGAAGAUUCUCAGCCGGAUGGCCAGCAAGUCCAUGGCCAAUAUGUUCAUUGACGACACCAGCAGCGAGAUCCUGGACGAGCUCUACCGGAUCUCCAAGGAGUACACGCAGAACCGGACCGAGUCCCAGAAGGUCAUCAAGAACCUCAUCAAGGUGGCGGUCAAGAUCUCCGUCCUGUACCGCAACAACCGCUUCAGCCCCGAGGAGCUGGGCCUGGCGGAGGAGUUCAAGAGGAAGCUCCACCAAGGAGCCAUGACAGCCAUCAGCUUCCAUGAGGUGGAGUUCACCUUUGAGAAGGCCGUCCUGGCCGAGCUGUUGAGAGAUUGCAGGGACCUGCUGCUCCGGCUGGUCGAGAAGCACCUGACGCCCAAAUCUCACGGGCGCAUCCGGCAUGUCUUUGACCACUUCGCCGACACGGAGCUCCUGGCGAAGCUCUACAGUCCCGGGGAGCCCUACCAGCCACGGCUGAAGAAGAUCUGCGAGGGGAUGAACCGUCUCAUCGACGAGGGGAAGUUGUGAAACCCACCGAAGAGGAGGACGAAAAAGGUGGAAAGGACCGCACAUGCGGGGUGGGGAGGGGGAGACACGAAAUUUAACAUUGGCCAAAUCCUUCAAGGACCUAGGGAUUCAGAUAGACUGCCUCUGGACCUGGGGGCUCCAUAAGCAGAGAGCCCUGCUGGAUCAAGCGAGAGGGGACUUGUUAAGUUGUGGGUAAACAUAUCAGACGACACAGCGAUUCUUCAA